GAAUUUAAACGAAUACAAUUUAUAUAACAUGGAAAUUAAUAUUAUUCAUUGAAUGUUCAUUACUCUCAUCAACGUUUGUCAGAAAAUAUAAUAAUAAUAAUAAAUCAAAAAACGAGAAUUAACUAUGGAAAAAGCUUUUGCUAUUUCAUGGCCAUUUGAUUGUUUUGGAUUAGUGGCAACUGGAGCUACCUUAGGUGUGUUGGCUAUAUUACUUGUUUUAUUUCUAUUACUUUUGUGUCUUCCGUGGCAUAAAUGUGAUCGAUACUGUUCUUGCUGUCGUUGUUGGCUUUUUAGUUCAAAUGACAAUAUUCAUAGACAGUCAGAUGAUGCAUUUCGUGCAGCCAGAAUGCCUGGAGAGUACCCUAUGCCAAUGUUUGACUUCAUCCCACCAUCUGCUUUGCCUAAAUUACCAAACUACGAAGAAUGUUUAAAUACUGGGCCACCAGCAAAUGACGAAGCUCCACCUCCACCAACUCCACUUUCUUUUUAUUCAGCUAAUUCAAAUGGUCAAUCAGCUUUACGUCUUACUAUCCACAGUCAACCCGAUUUAGUUGCUCACAUUAACAGUUCACAAGCACUUGCUAGUCCUUUAUCUACACCUCCACCAACUUACUCAUCAACUUGUUUGCAAAGGCCAUCAACGACAAGUCGAACAGGUGAAGAUACAUCAAGAAUAGUUGAAAACUCAUCGCAUACAACAUCAAGGCAAUUAUCGGUGGACCGUUAAUUAAUUGUUAUCUUAAUUUUUUUUCUUAAUUACGGUUUUGUACUCUCAAAUUGAUGGAUUACCUGUCUCUCCAUGUUAUACCUUUUACCAUUCUUUCAGUUGUGGGCGUUUUGAUUUUUUCUUGUUUUAAUUACAAAUAUAGAGAUGAAAAUAUGUUUCUGUGAUCAUUGUACAAUUAUGUUAAUAUACUACUACAAUUUUGGUGAGUAGUUAUUAAUCUUAGAGAUAAAAUAAUCAGUUCAGAUUUUUUCUAGAUAUUUUUUUACCAACCUUUCACAUUCUUUCUCUUUUGAAAAAUUUGACAUAUCAAGGAUUUUCUGAUAAUAAACAUUACAAGCAUAUACUUUCCUGGUUGUCUGCUGUUAUAUAAGAAAAAUAUAUUUAUAUAUAUCAAACUUUUAUUCGUUUUAAGAAACUAUAAUUCCAAAUAUUUCCUUUAUACCAUCAGGAAACAUAUCAAAGCCAAUUUAAAA